CCAGUUUGCACUUGAAGGAUGCCCUUUAUUAAGGCGAAGUGGUUUUCAUGAGCUUUUUCAAAGAUAGGCCUAAAUCUCUAAGGAGACUUUUCUCUGGUUUCUGGCUAGGCUGGGCGACUCCAGCUGGCGACAGCUGCCCCAGUCACUGACGUCCUAGAGAGACAGAUUAGAAGACCAAAUUAGGCCAAGGCUUAGAAAACAGUCUACCCCAAUCACAAAAAUAGGGUGGGACCAGCCCCAAACAGCACGUGGGUCUUCCGAGACUCCCAGCUGGAUCCCUAGGCUCCCCAGAUCUAGCGAGAGUCCCUGAUCUGAUCCAGCUCCCAGCCUCACUGGAGGUUGUUGGCCUAUCUUCAAGCCUUGUUGGAAAAGGUGGUUCCCACCUGUCUCCGUUCAGAGAUGGUCACAGAAAAAAAAAAGGGAACCCCUGUCCCCAGCAUCAGGCUCCAGCUUCCGGAGGUGAAGAGAAGCAGGACUCGCCAGUUCUAUGGUCUGAUGGGGAAGCGGGUGGAGGGAAUACAUCCGAUCCAGCCAAGGGAGAGAAUGGGAUAUCAGCUGGGACGAAUAGUGCAGGACCUCCUUGGCACGAGUGGUCUGUCCAUAGAAGGAACCUGCGGACAGGAGGCACACCACCAGGCUGCAGGGCCCGGAGCAGUAGCCAGAGAAGGCCUCCAGACUCAAAGAGGAACACCAGACUUCUCUCAUCACCAGCAACUCGUAGGGCUGUCCCUAGGCCCAGAAGAGGACGGCCAGGGUUCAAAGUGAGCCCCAAGGAUGCCACGCCCAUCUCUUUCCUGAACAUCACAGCCGAAGAGCCUCAAGACCAACAGGCUUGUGUCUUCUGUCCUCCGCUGGGGCAUUCAUUUCCUGCCACGCCCGCACUGACCUCUGCAUUUCUUCCAGGACUCUCAGCAUCAGGUAUCUAUGGCAUACACAGCACCAAUGCCUCACAAGCUGGAGUGAGCCAGCUCUCCCUUGCGCCCAGGCAUUACAGGGUUAGCUUCUCCCCACGCCCAACAUACCGUAGCAGGAAGCAGUAGCUUCCUCAGCCACGCGGGGUGGAGGGUGGGAUGCCAGAAAAGCAGAGAGCAAGAUUACAGGGCUCAAGUCCAUCCUCAGCUGGGAAAAGAGCUUGGGGCCUGGCUAAGAAUGGCAAUACAAACAUGGCAAAUGUCCUGGUGGGGAAAGUGCAGCAUGUAUUUGGGGGUGGGGUCAGCGGCCUUUUUCCCUUUAGGUUCCCGGUAAUCCUACCAACAGGGGUCACCCUUUGGGCCAAUGACAUGGCUCAGUGAGUUAAGGUAAUUGUUGCCAAGACUGACAACUUGCGGUCAAUCCCUAGGACCCACAACGUGGAAGAAAAAGUAAAAUUCUCCAAGUUGUCAUUUGACAUGUGU